CCCUCUAACAGACCCUGACGUUUAGGGCAUAUCAGUUGUGCUCCAGCCGGGUGAGAUGCGUGUGAAGGAGAGGCACCCUCUUAGUUUGUUGGCAAGCGUCCUCCUUUCUCCUUUCCGCGGGGAGGGGAGAAAGGGCUACUAGGGAUAACAAAACCCCGCCUGCGUUCAGCUCGCUACCCAAACAAUGGCUUUAUUUAAACAUAUAAAGAUAUCGUUGGAUAGAGAUCCUUUAAAAAAUGUUUUCGCUGUCCCCAGCCGUAGAGAGAGCCAUCACUUAUUUGCUGGAAAGGGCUCCUCCCGCCUCUUCCUACUCCUGCCCUCCCUCCUCCCCCCGCCUCCCUUCCCCAUAUAUUAUUACUCUAUGCCUCCAACGCCAGAAGAGCCUCACGGCGGUUCCCGCCCGAGCCGCGGCCGGGACUGAGCCCCUCGCCCGCCCCAAGCAGCUCCAGCGCCGGGAGGCUCCUCCGGCCGCGGCCCCGGCCCCGGCGCUGCCCGGCCCCGCCGUGCGGAGCUGUCUACCCCGGCGGGUGCUGAACCGCCCGGCGCGGCGGCCGCGGCCGGAGCCCUCCCGGCCCCGGCGCGGCGCCCGGAGGGGAGGUAGGCUGCGGGGGCGUCGCGGGGGAUGGGGGGAGCCGGCGGCGACCCUGCGCCGCCCGCCUGAGCCCGCCCGCGCCCCGCACGCACAAAGCGGCGCCGCGGCCAUGGAAGAGGAGCUGAAGUGCCCGGUGUGCGGCUCGCUCUUCCGGGAGCCCAUCAUCCUGCCCUGCUCGCACAAUGUCUGCCUGCCCUGCGCCCGCACCAUCGCCGUGCAGACACCGGAGAGCGAGCAGCACCUGCCGCCCCUGCUCCACCCGCGAGGCCCCGCGCCCCCCGCAGCCGCCGCCGCCGCCGCGCCGGGGCCGGGAGCGGCCGCGGGCCCCGCCGCCUGCCCGGACUCGGAGUGCGCGGCCGGCGGCGGGGACCACGCGGACAAGCUGAGCCUGCACAGCGAGACCGACAGCGGCUACGGCUCCUACACCCCCAGCCUGAAGUCCCCAAACGGCGUGCGGGUGCUGCCGCUGGUCCCGGCGCCCCCGGGAGCGGCGGCGGCUCCGCGGGGCGCCGGCCCCGCCAGCUCCUCCCUCACCUGCCCGCAGUGCCACCGGAGCGCCUCCCUGGACCAGCGGGGCCUCCGCGGCUUCCAGCGCAACCGGCUGCUGGAGGCCAUCGUGCAGCGCUACCAGCAGGGCCGCGCCGCCGCUGCCGCCGCCGCCAAGUGCCAGCUCUGCGACCGCAGCCCGCCCGAGCCGGCCGCCGUGCUGUGCGAGCAGUGCGAGGUGCUGUACUGCUCCGCCUGCCAGCUCCGCUGCCACCCGGCCCGCGGGCCCUUCGCCAAGCACCGCCUGACGCCGCCGCCCGGACAGCCGGGCGCCCCCGGCGGCGACGGCAGCGGUGGCGGGAAGGGGGCGGGCGGCGGCCGCAAGGUGCCGACGUGCGCCGAGCACGACCUGGAGAACUACAGCAUGUACUGCGUGAGCUGCCGCAGCCCCGUCUGCUACCAGUGCCUGGAGGAGGGCAAGCACAGCAAGCACGACGUGAAGGCCCUGGGCGCCAUGUGGAAGCAGCACAAGGCACAGCUGUCUCAGGCUUUAAAUGGUGUUUCAGAUAAAGCAAAGGAAGCUAAAGAAUUUUUGGUUCAGCUGAAAAAUCUAUUGCAGCAGAUCCAGGAGAACGGGUUGGAUUAUGAAGCCUGUCUUGUUGCUCAGUGUGAUGCCUUGGUUGAUGCGUUAACGCGACAAAAGGCAAAACUGCUCACAAAGGUGACCAAAGAACGGGAGCACAAGCUGAAGGUUGUUUGGGACCAGAUAAAUCACUGCACACUGAAGCUACGCCAGUCAACAGGGCUUAUGGAGUACUGCCUAGAAGUUAUCAAAGAAAAUGAUCCUUCUGGGUUUUUACAGAUUUCAGAUGCUUUAAUCAAGCGUGUUCAGGUAUCUCAGGAACAGUGGGUCAAAGGAGCCUUGGAGCCAAAAGUGUCUGCUGAGUUUGACUUGACUCUGGAUAGCGAACCUUUACUGCAGUCGAUUCACCAGCUGGAUUUCAUUCAGAUGAAAUGUAGGGUUCCUGUUACAGUGCCACCCGUCCCAUUACUGCAGCUGGAGAAGUGUUGCACCAGAAACAACAGUGUGACAUUGGCCUGGAGGAUGCCACCUUUGACCCACAACCCGGUGGAGGGUUAUAUCUUGGAACUUGAUGAUGGAGAUGGUGGCCAAUUCCGAGAAGUGUAUGUUGGCAAGGAGACUCUCUGCACCAUCGAUGGCCUUCAUUUCAACAGUACCUACAAUGCAAGAGUCAAAGCUUUCAACUCCUCGGGAGUUGGCCCUUACAGCAAGACAGUUAUUUUACAGACAUCCGAUGUGGCUUGGUUCACCUUUGACCCCUCCUCAGCUCACAGAGACAUAGUGCUGUCGAAUGACAACCAGACUGCCACCUGCAACAGCUAUGAUGACCGGGUUGUUCUUGGCACAGCAGCCUUCUCCAAGGGUGUGCAUUACUGGGAACUGCACGUGGACCGGUAUGACAACCAUCCGGAUCCAGCCUUCGGCAUUGCCAGGAUUAACGUCGUCAAGGACAUGAUGCUAGGCAAGGACGACAAGGCCUGGGCCAUGUAUGUGGACAACAACCGCAGCUGGUUCAUGCAUUGCAAUUCUCACACCAAUCGGACUGAAGGAGGAGUUUCUAAAGGUGCCACUGUUGGUGUUCUCCUGGACCUGAACAAGCACAACCUGACCUUUUACAUAAAUGGGCAGCAGCAAGGGCCUCCAGCAUUUGAGAACAUCGAGGGUGUCUUCAUGCCUGCAUUGAGUCUCAAUCGAAAUGUCCAGGUGACCCUGCAGACAGGACUGGAGGUGCCACAAUGUGUAAAACAGCCCAAGUUGCCCAACAACUAAGGAAGCCCCUGCCCGUCCCUGCGCUGGAUUCUGUAAGCUUUCUCGGCGUGAUUUGGCACUUUUUAGUAAGUCAGUAAAAAACCAUUCUCUUCCAUGACUUAAAACACUGUACAACAUGUUGCUCACCGAGUAAUCUGCUAGUUACAGCUAGCCCACUCCAUUUUUAAUUUUACAGCCAUAGAAGGCAUACCCACUGAACUGGACUUGAUUGCAGAUGGGUACCUGAACAUAUCUACACUGCACUGCAUACAUAUGUACACACACAUGCACACACUCACACACAUAUAAAGCAAAAGGUUAAAUGAGUGUAUUUUUUUUCUCUCAUGGCUGGAUUUGUGCUUGAAAGAUAUUAGGGAUGCUAGAAAAAAUGAGUAAAACAUGGCUGUUGGAGCAAUUUACCAGGAGGUGAACUGGAUUUCCCUGUCACCUGAAGUCCGUCAAUUGAGACAGCAUAUGUGUUGACAACUGAAAUGGAGGCUGUGUGCUCAGUUAAAGAAUUCUUGGUUGUUCAUUACAUUCAGGGGCUCAAAUGACCAUUAAUUAUUCCUUCUGGUUCUAGACUGCAGUAAGCUAUGGGAUAACAUUCCCCUAGAAUUCAGUGGCAGAACUUACCUUGUUAUCUUCAAUGAGAAUAACGCUGGUUUCUAACACUGCCACAUUUAUUGUUCAUUUAAGCUAGAAUCAUGAUAUAUGCAGAACUCAGAUAUGAAAAGCAGAGAGAAAAACAACGUCGGCACAUUUUAGUAGUUCUUAUUUAGGUGUGAUUGUGGAGGCUAUCACAUAAGAAAGACCUGAUUGUAGUUAUGAGCACAAUUCUUGCAAAACAGUGCAGGGGAGAUCCCUUUGAAUUGAAUAUUUAAGUACAGUACAUGCAAAGCAACCCAUUUAGAAAAAUGCUGCUUUCCAGCCUUGAGCCUGAUAAGUCCUGGGCAGCUGUAGUUCCAAUGUAGCUUUGAUAUCAGAAGCCUUAAUUUUCUAUCAGACUAGUGUGAGCUAACUAAUGUCUUGAUCCUAAUGAAGCACUUGAGUGAGAAAUUCAUAGCAUUAACAUGAAAUCCAUCCUUAAGAAUUUUUCUAGACUGGGACAUAAAUCUUUUGUGAGACUUAUGUGUGUCUGACACCUCCCAUGAAAACAAGCAGCCGUUUCAGGUGCUGUCCAUGACAACUGGAGUCUGGCUGACAGGGAACUUCCCAUAGCUGUGGCACAAUCACCUGUGUGCUGUUGUCAGGAAACACCUUGAUUUGUGUGUGUGCUUCUUUUCCUCUGAACCCAGUUAAUGUAUGCUAGUGUGCGUGUGUAUAACAGUAAUGCAGUAAGAACACAAUGCAGCAGACUGCGUGAGCUCAUGACAUCUCAGACUCUGCCACUCUAAACCUACCUAAGUGUGGUGCUAUCAAAUAAGAAAAGCCUAAACUCCUACAUCCCAUCGAUGUACUACUUCCCUUUUAUGAAUCCUGCUGCUUAUACAAUUUUUCCUCUCGAAGCACACACAUAUGCACGCACACAUUGUAACAAAACAUGUAAUUAUUAAACCUGAAAACAAAUAUUCUAACUAAAAUUCAGCUUACUGCCUUGCAUUAAACCACAGCCACAGGACAGACAGCUCAGACCUGCUUUCGGGCAGCCUCCUGGCCCCUCAAGCAUCCUGCUGCUGCUCCACUUCUGCUCUCUGGCUGGAGCCCAUCGCUCAGGUAGUGCUGAGGGACGGCAAGGCUUCCCCGUGACAGAGCAGCCGGGAUCCUCCCUGGGGUCAUCCCACCUCAGAGCCAUUGUGGGGAGCUGCCGAAAUAGUCCUGGGCUCUUACAAAGACAAAAAGCAGUCUGCCAUCAUGCUGCCUGUAACCAACCAAGCAUCCUGUAGCCCACCUCUCCUGCAUAACAGCACUGCACCUUCAGUGAUGUCAAGACUGAAACAGGAAGCAAAACCGACGAUGGGAAAAAUUAAUGUAAGUGGGAAAGCAACAGUACUUUCUUCAAAGUCUGGAAUGGAUUGUGUUAGUAAGCUUGUAGUCAUUGGAAUAACUGUGCUAUGCUCAUCGUGGUUUCUUAAAGAAUAGCAGAGACCAGCUGUGUUAUAAUUUUGGUUUAACUUAAUACCAUAUGAACUCAUGCAGGAUUUUCUAAUUAGUGGGUCUGUUUUAACCUACCUCAGCUAGAAUGCUACUGGACCCCGAAUUUCCUCUUGAGUGUGCUCAUUGUAAAGUUGUCUCCUAUGAAGCUAACAGCUGUAAUCAUAGCAUUGGCUUUGAGUAUCACCAGUCAGAGCAGUGUAUGGAAAUACUGUACAUAAGUUGCACAUAGUUUUUUAUAUUGGGAAACAUCUCAUUAUAGUUUUAAUACAGAAGGCACUCCAUGUUCACUUUAAAAGCACAUUGUUUGUUUUGAGACUGAACCUUUGUCUUUACUCCCAGCUUCUGUGAAGGAAACUCAAAUGAAUUUACAUCUUUCCAAUCUUCAGCCAUUGCCAGAUGCUUAAAGUUAAUUUUGAAUGGGUUUUAGAAGUGUUUGAGGUACUUGGUUUUGGUUUUCAUAGUUGCUUUGGUAUUGGUUCCUGAUGUGUUAUACCUUGGGGAGAACGCAGUGAGUGGUACAGGUUACUAAGUUCUCAUGGAAAUAAGGACAGGAGCUAGGGACAUAAUUCAGAGCCGUAGAGAAGCUUGUUUGUUAUCCGCUACACAUUCUAAUAUUCAUAAAUGUGGGGUACAGACUACCUACCACUACAGUCUCCUUUUAACCUAGUGGAAAUGCAAAUUAAAAAAAGGGAAUAUAGUUAGAAGUAGGUAUCUGGCUUUAGUAAGACUAAUUUAGCUUAGGUCAAAAACUAAACAAAGUGGUUGUAUGUGUUAGUUGUGUACACAUUCAAGGACUUGGAUUUGGCAUGGCCUUUAGCAAUAAACCAAUUACUCCAAUAGACUGUAGUCUCAUCUCUUCAACUGGAUACCUUUUGGUAGUUUGAUUAACAAAAAUAAUUAUUAAGUAGUUAGAAUUAUGCUAGGAAACUAUUUACUGCACACGUGACUAUUUACGUGGAGCAUCCAGAUGGCCAUGGGAGCCACCUGAACAUAGGCAGAGCAGAAUUUUCCCUUUGCAGAACAGCAUCACAUGGGGAGAAGUGGGGCACUUCUACCUCUCUGCUCAGGCUGGAGGUAGCUUGUCUUUCUCCAGCUAACUUCCCUGAGGUCUGGCUAGUUAUAAACCCAGCAGUUCACAUGUUCUUCAUCUGCAGCAUCUCUUGCACCAGUCUGCAUUUCCUCCAAAUCCUUUGUUUAGGAGGAAGCCAGCCUUUAGUAGUUCAGUCCUUGCAGAAACUGUGUUGCUGACUGUCCAGGAAGAACACAGCGGGCUGAAAAGUAGCAUAGAGACUGCUCUGGAUGUCUCUUGAUGCCUUUGAUUCCUCAAUUCCUGGACCCACACAGCUCUGCCUUUCAUAGGGCUCUUUGCUCUUAGAUGUCAGGCUGUUCCUCAUCAGGAGGAGAGCAGAGGCUUUUGCACUGGGAUAAAUCUCAUCCACUGUGGUGCAGAGUCCACAGAAGGUAGCUAUAAAUUGACUUGACAUUUAAAAAAAACUCAAACCCUCCUUUAUUAAAUGUAACAAAGCUUGACUUCUGUAUAUGCCAGUUUGUAACCUCUGCACUGCUGCUAAAUAAAUACAGCAGGCAAACUUUCUGUCUUGCAGAACAACAAAGGACUCCUAGCUUUUAUCUACCCCUGUAAACACCAACCUUAGUCUUUGUCUUCCUGGCUCUUUCCUCUGCGUAUUUCCCUGUUUAGUGGGACCAAACAGAAGCAGCAUGCCAUCAGGAGCACUGUCAGACUUCCCAAGGCCAAGGCAUGCAACACUACACAAUUUCCACUCCCUUCUUUUCCCUCAUCAACUCAAAAAGAACUCACAGGAAGACCUCUAAGACCCAAUGUCAAUAUGAGCACAGGCCUAGCUGACAGUCUCUUACUACUUCUGCUGUGGAAAGGUAUCUGCUAUACAAUAAACGUCAGUGAGGACAGCAGCAUACCGUGGUGCAGCAUGAAUUUGGAAAGCAAUUUGGCUUCUAAAACAGAAAAGGCAGGCAAACAGCACUGUGACCUCCCACACUUGCCUAUACAUUUAAGAUACAUAGAGGAAAAUCUAUUGGACUGAACAAAAUAAUAAUAUAAAAGCAUGAGCUUACAUAUAUCAGAGUUUAUGAGGAAAAGUGUUAAAUGUAAUUUAUUAUAUGCAUAAUGUUUCAUCACAUUGUAAAUAAUGCCAUUAUAGCAUAUUGCUGUAGUUUGUUCUUGGCUGGUGAUAGAGUUCUGUCAUAGUGCUGUGUAAGCUUGUUUUUUAUUUUUGUUUUUUCAAAGUGUAGUUAGUAAAGAUGGCAGAGAGCACCCCAUACUCUUGUUUCCUAGUCAUUCUAGGGAAAGUAGAAGUGAGAUGCAGAUCUUCUUUCUUACAUAACAGUAUUUCUUAAACAAGGAAAGAGAGAGAAGAUGUCAAGGCUAAACUGCCACUACCACUGUAUGAAAACCCCUGUGUUCGUGACUGCUAACUAGAGGUGGUGCAUUUUGGAUCACAAUUCAGAUAACCCAUUCCUGCGAGAAGGGAUGCACAGUACCAGCAACCUGGUAGCCACAGCUUUCUGGUGUUACCUAGUACAUCCUUUGCUUGCAAACAGAAAGAGUUGUUAGACCUAGUCUCAGGCCUUAUCAGCUUUGCAGCAUUCUGUUUGAACAGCAAAGUUAACAAUUCAACUUUGAUCCAGGCAAGAUAAUAUGCAAACCCCAAGCAUCUUGGCUAGAUCAACUUUGGAAGGGAGAUUACAGUUUCAAGUCCUUCCACAGGUUACGGUAACAAAUCAAACACGUUGCAAAUGUAAAGGGAACUUGUCACUGAAAAUUAUCAAACAAAAAUGGAGAGUUUUUUUAUUUUAUUUUUAAAAAGUGAGCUGCUUCUAGUUUUUACUGACAACAUUUCUGGUGAUUCCUCUGCCCAGCACUACUGAACACUGCACACACACAACGGCUGGAGCGGCAGCCUGAAGCACAAAUCCAUCACAAAUAAGACGCGCUUGGUCUCCUUACACGCAGAAGCCCAUGUGCAAGGCACAGAGACUGAUAUGCGGGGCUCCUGCACCUUUGCACAAUAUAGGAGAUAGAUGUGCGUUUCACUGAGAGAGGUACUCAGCAACAUUUCCCUUCUGUUAAAAGACCUUUUGUUACAUUUGUUAUUGCAAACAAAUCCAAGAAGAAUUAAUCACAAAAUUAUUUUUUACGCCAAUUGGAGAAUUUAUAAUGUUUUCUUGUGAAGCAAGAUUCCUGGAUCAUGAUUGCAUUCCUUCAUCAUCCACCUCCCUUAAAUGUUGUCAAUAAAAACACUAACCUUUCUAGGUAGCAUGGUGAGAAGACAUUAUGUGAUGAAUAUUAAAAUAAAUGCAUGAGGUAAACCUGCUGUUAUUUCUGAUUGUUAUAUGAAGCAUGAAUAACACUAAUUAAAAUGUUGGCAACAAAAAAGUGCAAAGGAAUACGAAAACAGUGUUCACUUCUGGUUAAAGGAAAGACAAGAAGUUGUUUCUGUGUUUUCUUAACCACAACAUCUUUUUCUUUAUCAUCAUUUCCCAUAGUUUAUACGAAUUUGGAGCUGGUGAAAUAUACAUCUCUGCUGUAUGUGUCUAUCACCAGACCAAGAGGAAAAUAUAAACUUUUUAUAAUUUUGUACCUGUAGCAAAAUUUUGUAUUUUUUGAAUUAGAAACAAACUGCUUUUUGUCUUUUGGUCCAACUAAAACUUUGUGUAUUAUUACUACUAUUAUUAUUACCCUUUUGGAAAACCUGACACGAGUUUAUUCUGGUUUACAGUUUCUAAAUAAAUUCUUAAAACAUUGCCAACAAA